UAAUACACACACAAAGUCACAAAUUAGCUUUGGACACCAGUAUUAUACUUAUAUUUACUUUUAUUUAACACUAAAUAGUCCAUGUACACUGUAUAAAAUACAAAAUAGUUAAUAUUAGGUGUAUUGUAUAUUUGCAUUAAUAACACUCAUUUCGUGGGGUCUCCUUUGAAUCGUCGAGACACCAAAAGAUGGCUGUGGCUGGAGAACCUUUGAACUUAGCGAAAGAUGUCAAACGAGCCAUCGAACUGUUGGAAAAGCUCCAAAAAACCGGAGAAGUGCCAGUAACCAAAUUAGCUGCAUUGCAAAAAGUAUUGCAGAGUGACUUUUUAUCAUCUGUGCGGGAAGUGUAUGAACAUGUUUAUGAAACUGUCGACAUACAAGGAUCUCAGGAUGUUCGUGCGUCAGCUACAGCUAAAGCAACCGUUGCUGCGUUUGCUGCUAGUGAAGGUCAUGCCCAUCCAAGAGUGGUGGAAUUGCCCAAAACAGAAGAAGGACUUGGAUUUAAUGUGAUGGGUGGACGUGAACAAAAUUCGCCGAUCUAUAUUUCACGCAUAAUACCUAGUGGUGUAGCUGACAGACAUGGUGGUUUAAAGCGAGGAGAUCAACUUCUGUCAGUUAAUGGAGUGUGCGUAGAAGGUGAAAACCACGAAAAAGCUGUUGAGCUACUGAAACAAGCCCAAGGAUCUGUCAAGUUAGUUGUCAGAUAUACACCAAAAGUCUUGGAAGAAAUGGAAAUGCGAUUUGAUAAACAACGAGCUGCCCGGAGGAAGCAACUAAAUCAAUAAUUACAUAUUGUUGGUAUGAACAUUAGUCUUAAUAACUAUGAAUAGUAUUUGACCAACUUGAACGGCGUACUUAUAUUUAGUUGAAGGGUUGUUAAAAUAUUUUCAUAAUUGUUGUCACUAAGUCUUUUCCUUUUUCAUAUUUUGAUGUCUUCUAAUCAAAGAAAAAAUUGUUUUGUGUUCCAAAAAUUAUAUACAAUAAUUAAAUAAGUAACAACAAAUUGCGUGCUUAGGUUAAUCAAUAGAAAUAACAAUAUAAAGAUAAGUAAUUUUAAAUUUAUACCCACUGGCCACUAUUAAAAUAAUUUAUUGUAGGUUUGAUACCUCAUAUAAUAAAAUAGAUAGAAUUCUUAAAUUUGGUUAUACUUUUCACCAAUAAGAACUUUUAAUUUACACUUAAAUGUAGGUAACUUGAAUAUUGGUUUCAUUUCAUAAAUAACUUAGUCUUUUUCUAUAUACAUCA